AUGCCUAUUGACGGCACAGGCCGUUUCGCUAACAGACGACUCCCAUCAUGGCUUAAUUCAUCACCUCUGCCACCCUCAGAUGCGCAAAAAGAGCGUCGCCGACCGAAGGAUGGCCUCCUUGCCGACCCCACAUCCGAACUCCUUAUCGACUUCAAUUCGAAUGAAGGCUUCGUAGAAGCUGCAAAGAAGAAGACCAAGGCGAAAACGCCCUCAGCUCCUCCACCACCGCCGCCUCCCCCUGCGGCUCCACCGGCAGACGAUGGAAAAAAAGACGAUAAUGUUGGAAGUGAUGGAGGAGCAAGCGGAGGUGAAUCUGCGGGUGGCGCUGGCGAUGGAAACGACGGCGGCAACAGCAGCAACGGUGGAAACGGGCCGCCGCCAAAGCCCCCCACGACUUUCGAGAAUAUCAACCUAGGAGGAGAAGACAAACACGACAAUGGGCUGAGUCCUCCAGAAAAUAAGGGGAUUUCAAGUUCAUGGGGUGCGAAACUGGGCUUCGGCGGUGGUGGAUGGGGAUGGGGUGGAAGUGGAAAAAGCCAGUCACCGCCGCCACCACCACCAGCCCCAGCACCACCAGAAACGAAAGCAGAAGACAAUCCCUGGGAUAAGCCCAAGGACCCACCAGACGGUCUAGAUGACGAAGAUGCUUGGGGGUUUGGUGCCAAAAAGAAGAAGGAAAAGCAACCAUCUACGCUUUGGGGCGCCGAACCUGACGCGGAGCCGGAGCCUAAGAUAGGCGAUGAUCCUUGGGGCUGGAGUGGUCAAAAGAAGAAGGGGAAGGCCGGUGGUAUCUUGGAAGAACUCGACCUGGAGCCCGAGCCUGCUGGUCCCGGUGGAAGGAAAGAUAUAUGGGAUACAUGGGGAAUAUCUAAAAAGGACCGAGCAAAGAAGAAGGGAAUUAUGGAAUCAGUCGCCUUAGCAGCUGCACCAGACCCUCCUUCAAUGGAGGACCAAUGGGGCGGUUGGUCUGGCAAGAAGGAUACCAACCAAAGUUCGCUUUGGGGUUCUCAGGACGGAAUACCGGCACCAGCCCCUGACCCGCCAUCCUUUGAAGACAAGAACGACGGUGACGACUUUUGGAGCACUUUUGGUACAGGUAAGGCGAAACCCGUGGAGGAAAGCUCGGGCGGUUGGGGAUUAUUAGGAGGAUUGGGUAAGAAAGGUGAGGAUGAAAUAUGUGAGUCAAAUUUCUCUAAAGCUCAUCAUCUCCCAGAGCCGCCCAAGAUACAAGACGACGGUUGGGAUCUAUGGGGAACAGGUAAGAAGAAGAAGAAAGCUGGCGACUUGAUUCAAUUGGAGGAUGAAGUUCCUCCUCCUGCCCCUGAUCCCGUCGAGGCUGUUGGCACCGACGACUUCCUCGAUUCUUGGGGUUUUGGCAAGAAGCCCAAGAAACCGGACGCCGACCCGUUCGAUUUUAAAACUUCUGGCGCCGAUGUUCCUAACCAUGCUUUUCGGGGAUCAAUAGACAACCAAAGGCCUAGCGCGCACGACUUCUUAAUUGAUACCACCGAACUUGCUGAACCAGUGUCCCGGAUAGGAGACCCAGAGCAAGCUGCGAGAGAUGCUGCAGAGCAAGCUGCCCGUGAAGCAGAAGACGCAGAGGCUGCUCGCGACGAUGAAGAGAUUGCAAGUCUCUUGGAUAAGAAGACGAAGCGAGGAGGAAGACUACUUAAGGCGGAUCGGGACCGAUUGGCUCUGCUUGAAGGUAAUGCUGCUACAAGGGCUGAGGCUCGCGUUGCUCGCGAGGCCGAGGCGACAGCAGCUGCUGAGGCGGAGCAAGCUGUCGCCGAUGCUCAAGCUGCAGCCGAUGCCGAGGCGGCCGCUUUGCAAGCCGCUGAAGACGCUGAAGCAGCAAAAGAAAACGAGGAGAUGGCGGCAUUGCUAGCGAAGAAGGAGAAACGAGGUGGUAAGUUACUCAGGAAGGAUCAAGAGCGCCUGACUCUUCUCGAGGGAAAUGCCUCCAGGAGGGCCGAAGUUCAGGCCGCCCGCGAUGCCGAAGCUGCUGCCGCCGCCGCUAUCAUAGAGGAGAAUCUUCUUGACGAACCUGUCCAAGAGAUUGUUGAAAUUGACCCUGCACAAGCAUCUGCAGAAGCAGAAGCAGUCCUCGCUGCUGAGAUCGCGCAGGAAGAUGCUGAGAUGGAAGCUCUGAAAUCGAAGGGGGUGAAGAAGGGCAAGCUUCUGAAGAAGGAACAAGAGCGACUGAACUCCCUUAUUGACAACGCAGCGAAAAGAAAUGAGGAGCAAGCAGCUAGGGAAGCAGAGGAACAGGCGGCUAAGGACGCAGCUGACGCCACCGCAGCAACAGAAGCAGCAGCAGCAGAAGCCGAAGCGGCAGCUCAAGCAGCAGCGGAAGCCGACGCUGCAGCCCAAGCUGCGUUGGAUGCUGAAGCAGAGGAAGCCGCCAAGGAAGAUGAGGAAAUGGCUGCUCUCAAAGCUAAGAAAGCCAAAAAAGUGAAGCUUACGAAGACCGAAACAACCCGGUUGAUGGCCUUGGUCGGCAAGUCUGUCAAGCGAGCUCAGGCAAAGUCUAUCAAAGAGGCUGAGGAAGCUGCCGCGGCGCAGGCUGCCAAAGAAGCCGAGGAGGCCACCGCUCGUGAAGCUGAGGAACAAGCUGCUCGUCAGGCUCAAGAGGCAGCUGCGCGCGAUGCAGAGGCUGCAGUCGCUGCUGAAGAGGAUAAGGAGCUUGAAGAUCUGACUGCGAAGAAGAUCAAGCGAGGUGGUAAUCUAAUCAAGAAGAAGGAUGUGGAGCGUUUCAAUGUUCUUACCCAAAGGGCUGCAGAACGAGCCGAACGAGCAGCCAAACAAGCUGAAGAAGUCGCGGAGGUAGCGCCAAUAGAAGCAGCCCCAGAAAGCCCGGAGGAACCCGUCGAAGCAGCACCUGAACCGGCCCCUGAGGAACCACCCGCCGAGGCAGACGCCAUGCCGGCCGAACCUGAACCCGAACCUGAAUCUGAACCUGCACCAGGACCCGAUGCAGCCGUUGUUGCAGAAGAAGACGCGGAACUGGCUAGUUUAGAAGCGAAGAAGGUGAGGAAGGGUAGGCUUGGCAAAAAGGAUACGGACAGGUUCAAUCUUCUUACCGAAAAUGCUGCAAAGCGACAAGCAGCAAGGGAAGUCGAGGAGGUAGCUGCACGGGAGGCUGCUGAAGCCGCUGAAGCCGAAGCCGCAGCAGCAGCCGCAGCGGAAGAGGCAGCAGCAGCAGUAGCAGCAGCAAACACGGCCGAAGCAGAUGCAUUGACAGCAAGCGAUGCAGAGGCUAUCCUUAUCGCCGACGAAGAGGCAGAGCUUGCGUCUCUUACUACGAAGAAGGUUAAGAGAGGAAAGCUCGUUAAAAAAGAUGCCGACCGUCUCAAUGUUCUAAUAGAGAAUGCUGCGCAACGACAAGCUGCUAAGGAGGCCGACGAGGCUGCAGCAAUCAGCGCGGCCGCUGAAGCUGAGGAGCAGGCUGCAAGGGAAGCAGAAGCAGUUGCCGCAGAGGCUGCAGCCGCCCACGAAGCUGAGGCGGCUGCUAUUGCCGAAGAGGAAGCUGAGUUAGCUGCAUUGGCUACCAAGAAGGUCAGGAAGGGCAAAUUGGUGAAGAAAGAUGCCGAACGAUUUGCCAUCUUGUCCGAAAACGCAGAAACACGAGCUCGCGCCGCAGCAGAAACUACCGAGCAACCUGAAGAUUCGACUCCUACACCCGAGGCCGAAAUUAAAGAACCACCCCCUGAUCCUGUUGCGGAUGAGGUUCUUAUCGAUGUCGUCGAUCCUGACGCAAGCGCAGCUGCCGAAGCGGAAGCUGAAGCCGCUGCUAUCGCAGAAGAGGAAGCCGAGCUUGCUGCUCUAGUCGCUAAGAAAGAGAAGAAGGGCAGGCUUGGCAAGAAGGAUACUGAUCGGUUUAAUCUUCUUACUGCAAUUGCAACAGAACGAACUGAGAAAGCAGCGCAAGAAGAAGCAGCCGCACAAGCCGCAGCAGAUGCUGAAGCCGCGGCGCAAGCUGAAGCUGAAGAAGCAGCCGCCGCCGAAGCAGCCGCUGCCGAAGCAGCCGCUGCCGAAGAGGCUGCUGCUAGGGAGGCUGCAGAGGCAGAGGCAGCAGUUGUGACCGAAGAAGAGGGUGAGCUGGCUGCUCUGACUGCCAAGAAAACCAAAAAGGGCAAGCUAGGCAAAAAGGAUAGCGAUCGAUUUACUCUUCUUACCGAAAACGCCACUCAAAGGGCCGAGAAGGCUGCUGAAGCAGCUGCUGUCCCAGAAGCUGAAGAUCCACCGGUCGAGGAGGAGCCUGAGGACACUGCUGUCGUAGAGGCCGAUAUCAUCGAAGUCACUGAGGCUGAUGAUGAAGCUGCCGCUAUCGAGGCUGAGGCUGCUGCUAUCGCUGCCGCUAUCGCUGCUGAAGAGGAAGAGGAGUUAGCUGCCCUGAUUGCUAAGAGGAAUAAAAAAGGGAAGCUAGGUAAAAAGGAUAGCGACCGAGUUGCUCUUCUUACCGAGAACGCCGCUCAGAGAGCUGAAAAGGCUGCCCAGGAGCAAGACGCCAGGGAAGCAGAAGAAGCCGCGGCUACUGCCGAAACUGAAGUUGCAGACGACCCUCCGGCAGAUCUCGAAGAACCACCUCCUGAAGAAGCUCUAGAACCACCGCCCGAUGAAGAAGCCCCCCCGGAACCAGAAGAAGACGCAGCAGCAGCUGAAGCUGCUGCAGUGAUCGCUGCCGAGGAGCAAGAGCUAGCAGACCUGGACGCAAAGAAGCUUCGGAAAGGCAGGUUAGGUAAGAAGGAUACCGAUCGAUACAACCUCCUCCUAGAGAAUGAUGCCAGGAGAGCCGAGGAACAAGCAGGUAGAGAAGCUGAGGAAGCUGCUGCCGAAGCCGCCGCCGCCGAAACUGCAGCUGUAGAAGCUGCAGAAGCUGAAGCCGCCGCUGCCGCCGAGGAGGCUGCAAUGGUGGCUGCUGACGCCGAGGCCGCGGCCGCCAUUGCUCAGGAGGAAGAGGAGUUGGUCGCCUUGGAGGCAAAGAAGGAGAGAAAAGGAAAAUUGGGCCGCAAGGAUGCUGAUCGCUUCAAUUUCUUAGCCGACAACAAGGCCGCUAGGGAUGCCCAAGCCGCCGAAGAACAGGCCGCCAAGGAAGCUCAAGAACAAGCAGCCCAAGAAGCGGAAGAAGCGGCCGCUGCUGAAGAAGCUGAGGCUGCUGAGGCGGAGGAAAUGGCUGCUAGGGAGGCUGCUGAAGCCGAAGCUGCUGCUAUUGCCGAGGCGGAAGACGAAGAGCUCGCUGCUUUGGUUGCCAAGAAGAACAAGAAAGGGAAACUGGGACGUAAAGAUACAGACCGGUUCGACCAAUUGUCGACAAACGCUGCGCAACGAGCAGGAGAAAAAGCUGCUCGCGAAGCUGAGGCUGCUGCUGAUGAAGCACCCGCUGAAGAAGAACCACCAGUCCCAGACGAGCUUGAGGAGCCAAUUCCGGAAAUUGAAGCACUCGCCGAAGAAGCCCCCGAGGCCCCAGCCCCUGAUCUUGACGACGAAGCCGCUGCCGAGGCCGCUGCAAUUGCCGCAGAGGAAGAAGCAGAGCUUGAUGCAUUGGAGGCUAGGAAGGCUCGCAAAGGAAGACUUGGAAACAAGGAUACCCAACGCUUCAAUUUCUUGACCGAGAAUAUUGCGAGGCGCGCUGAAGAACAAGCUGCAAAGGAAGCUGAAGCUGCUGCUAUUGCUGCCGCCGAGGCCGAAGCCGAAGCCGAAGCCGAAGCUGAGGCUGAACCAGAAGAAGUUGUCGAAGAAGACGACGAGCCAGCUGAAGAACCUGAGCCUGAAGACAUGGCCGAGGUUGACGACGAAGCUGCUGCUAUUGAGGCCGAAGCCGCCGCCAUCGCCGCUGCUAUCGCUGCAGAGGAAGAGGAAGAACUAACUGCCCUUAUUGCAAAGAAGAAUCGGAAGGGCAAGCUCGGCAGAAAGGAUACAGAGCGUCUCGAUAGCCUGACCGAAAAUGCAGCCAGGCGCGCAGAGGAGCAAGCGGCUAAAGAAGCCGAAGCCGAAGCCCAGGUGGAAGAACCAGUACCUGACGAGGCCGAGGAGGUCGAAGAGGUUGCCGAAGCGGAGCUCGAGGAGAUUCCUGAUGCUGAAGACAUUGCUGCGAAAGAAGCCGCAGAAGCAGAGGAACGGGCUAUUGCUGCAGAGGAGGAGGCAGAACUUGCUGCAUUAAAUAAGAAAAAGGCCAAGAAGGGCAGAUUGGGCCGCUCAGAUACUGAGCGAUUUAACACUCUUAUGGAUAAUGCGGCAAGGCGAGCUGAAGCACAGGAGGCAGCAGAAGCAGCAGCGGCGGCAGCAGAAGCCGAAGAAGAGGCACCUCCGGCUAAUGAGGAAGAGGAGGAAGAGGAUGAAUUUAUGGACGCUGAAGACGGUGAUCUUGAGGAGGAGGGAAUACCUGAAGAGCCAGAACCUGAAGGUGAGGAAGAGGACGCUGCUGCCGCUGAAGCUGCCGCCGCUGAGGCCGAGGUCCUAGCUGCAGCUAUCGCAGAAGAAGAAGCCGAGCUAGCAGCAUUGAACAAGAAGAAGGCCAGGAAGGGCAGAUUAGGUCGUUCAGAUACCGAGCGGUUUAACACUCUUAUGGACAAUAUUGCCAAGCGUGCCGAUGAAGCGGCAGCUCGAGAAGCUGAGGAAGCUGAGGAAGCUGCCGCUGCCGAUGCUGAACCAGAAGUUGAGCCAGAAGCUGAAGUUGAACCUGAACCUGAAGCCGAACCGGAGGCUGCUGACCCAGAGGUUGAAGACGAUGGUUCGAAGGAGGCUGAAGAAGCUGAAGCGGCUAUCGUUGCUGAGGAACAGGCAGAGCUUGAUGCACUGGCCAAGAAGAAGGCAAAGAAGGGCAAACUGGGCCGAAAGGACACUGAGAGGUUUCACCUUCUGACAGAAAACGCUGUUAGACGUGAGGAGGAACGAGCAGCCAAGGAGGCUGAAGCAGCAGCAGAAGCUGAAGCUGAAGCCAUCGAAGAGGAGCUCGAGGUGGAAGCGGACGAUGAUGUCGAAGAACCUGCCCCUGAAGCAGAAGGGGAAGAUGAGAAUGCCGAAGACGAUGAGGCUGCAGCUCUGGAAGCUGAAGAGGCUGCUAUUGCCGAGGCUGAAGAGGAGGAGCUAGAAUCUCUUAAGGCUAAAAGGGCAAGGAAAGGCAGACUUGGCAGAAAGGAUACAGAGCGGUUUAGAAUCCUAGAGGAUAAUGCUGCUCGACGUGCCGAAGAGCGUGCCGCUAAGGAGGUUGCCGCUGCCGCUGCCGAGGCUGAAGCCGAAGUCGAAGAGGAUCCUGAAGCUGAUGAGCCUGAGGAGGAAGAGGGAGAGGAAGGGGGGGAAGGGGAAGGAGAAGAUGAGGAGGGAGAGGAAGCGGAGGAGGGAGAUGACGCUGAUGACGAAGAGGCUGCAGCUCAAGAGGCUGAAGAAGCUGCAGCUCGUGAAGCCGAGGCCGCUGCUAUUGCUGAGGCCGAAGAUGACGAACUUGAGUCUCUCAAAGCCAAGAAAGCAAGAAAGGGCAGGCUGGGCAGGAAAGAUACCGAGCGUUUUGUAGUACUUGAGGAGAACGCGGCUCGACGUGCUGAAGAGGCUGCUGCUAAAGCUAAGGAGGUACUAGAAGUCGACGAAGCAGAGGAGGAAGAAGAGGAAGAAGAAGCAGAGGAAGAACAGGAAGAGGAGGAAGAGGAAGAGGAAGACAAGGAAGAAGAAGAUGCUGCCGCCGACGAGGCAGCUGCAAAAGAGGCCGAGGAAACGGCGGCGAGAGAGGCCGAAGAAGCAGCAGCGGCAGCAAGGGAAGCCGAGGUUGCUGCUAUGGUCGAGGCCGAAGAAGCAGAGCUCGAGUCCCUCAAGACUAAGAAGGCACGAAGAGGCAGACUGGGUAGAAAGGAUGCUGACCGACUCAAGGCUCUGGAGGACAAUGCGGCUCAGCGUGCCGAAGAACUUGCAGCUAAAGAGGCAGCAGCCGCCGCCGCCGCCGCCGAAGUAGAGGAAGAAGAGAAACCCGAAGAGGACGAAGAGGAAGAGGAAGAAGAAGAGGAGGAGGAGGAGGAAGAGCCCGCUGAAGCUGCAGACGAUGUUGCCGAUGAAGCAGUUGAAGCAGAUGAAGAGGAGCCCGAAGCUGCUCCCGAAGAAGCACCUCAGGAUGCUGAACCUGAACUGCCUGAAGAGGAUGAGAUUGUUGAAGUCAUUGACCUAUCGCCGAAGAAGGAGAGGAAGAGUAGAAAGAGCAAAUCGCGCCGUGAUGCUCCUCUACCACCACCUGUUCCAGAUCCUCCGCUCACUCCUCCCCCUGAGUCAAAGCAAUCUCGAAGGGACCGACCUAAACUCCCCCGUGAAGGUACUUCCUGGGGCAAAUGGGGAGCGACUCCACGUGAGGAGAGGGAUGAGAUGUCUCAGGAGAAGUCGGGCAGAUACAGAAGGCGUGAAGAGAAGACAUCAUCCAAAGGGUCGUCAUCGGACAAGGCUGAGAAGACUCCACCGCGUUCCCGAGGCACCGGCCUAUUCAACAAACCCCCAAUCACCCGCUCAACUUCCACGCGCGAAAAGAGGGAUGUUGGCGGUAGCAAGCGUCGCCAUUCUGAAAACGCUCGUGGUAUGGUAUCGCCGCCUCCUGAAGAGAUGCUCAUGGGCGAGGAAGAACCAAACAGCCGCCGCAAGUCACGUAAAACUCGAUCACGCGAGGACGAGGAUGCUAUGAUGUCUGGUGCUGUGCCUGAGAGGCACGAGCACCGUCGCUCGCACAAGCCACGAUCGCGUGAAGACGAUGAUAUAGUCAUGGUUGACCCUGAACCCGUGACUGACAGACGCGAGCGCCGUCGGUCUCAUAAACCACGAUCUCGAGAGGAUGAAGAGGUUAUGGGGGAUGACUUUAUCACGCCUGACCCACGCGAACAGCGACACCGAGCCAAGAGAUCCCGAGACGAGGAACCCGUCAUGGUCGCACCUGAUGUUCCUUUUGACACACCUCUUCCGAGAGGCUCUAAGAAGCCGGGAUUCGCUGGUCUCUUCAGUGGCUUAAGAACGCCCAAGAGCGAACGCCCUGAUCCUCUCCGACGUCGCAGUACCUAUGCGACAACCGACGACGAAGCCUUGCGCAGUACAAAAAUGGACGGCGAUGCCGUUGUUGUUGAUGCUGAUCGAGAAGCAAGACGUGCUGCACGCAGGGCCAAACGGACCGAACGAGAAGUUGCUGAAGACCCUGAAGAAGAUGCUCGUAGGGCUCGAGAGGAAGCGCGACGCGAACGACGACGACAACGUGGUGGCGAGGACGAGGCCGGCACCCAAAGACAAGAAAAGGAUGCGCGCCGGGCCGAACGCCGAGCUGCGCGGCAGCGUGAUGCAGAGCGACAAGCGGGGGAAGAGCAGCGAGCGCGAGAAGACAAGGAGGCUCAAAGAGCGGAGCGUAGGCGCUUGCGCAGAGAGCAAGAGGCCGCAGCUGCCGCAGAGCAAGAGGAAGAAGAGGCUCGUCGAGCUGCGAAACGUGAUCGUCGACGACCUCGGCAGGCCGAAGUCCCCGAGGAUCGGCGCCAUCGUGAGGCAAGGAGAGCCGCUCGAGUUGCAGAAGAGGAAGACGGCCAGCAGCGAAGAAGCCAGCAAUCUGCCGACGAAUAUAACCAACAACGAAAGCCUCGUCGCCGCGAAGAGAGGCAGCAACCGCCAGCUUGGCCACACUCUGGAACCUCGUCGUGGGUUAAGGAGCACUCGGAUGCACCACCGCCCAUCAACGGCGAAGCAGCUGAUGCGAACGGCGGACAAACCGAAGAUGAUAUGGCACGACGUGAAGCACGUCGAGCUCAGCACCGAUCGAAGCCUGGAGACGAUGCACCAGAAGAAUCCGAAGAACGGCGACGGCGACGAGCAAAACGAGAAGAACGCGAGCGCGGUGUCCGUGAUAAAGACCGCCAUCGAGACAGGCGUUCAGAAGGUAGUGAUGAGCGACAUCACAGCCGUCGGACGUCAAAUGUUGUUGACACAGCAGCUCCUCGAACAAGUUGGUGGAAGAAGAUUAAGCGAUGA